AUGGGUGCCUACUUUCAUCUGCAUGGAUAUGUAGAAGUUCACCCUCCACAUGAGGCUCACGCGAGGAGGCAACCAACUUGUCCGUUUUCCGUUGGUCAACUGGAGACCGGGAGCGCGAAUGGCCAGAAGCUGAACGUGCUUUGUCCGAUUUGCGCUUCUGCGGCCGAGAUUUUGAACGAUUUGAAGGCUGUUGUUUCUCGACAGGGGCUGCUACAAAUAGGUGAGUACACACGAGUAAUUGUUGAAUUUUAUUACUCUAACAAAACAUUUGAGAGAUAA